GUCUCGACAGAACCGUGACAGAAAUCCCCAUCCCAAGCGAGGGUUUUGCUGCUGCUCCAGCCGGACCCAGGACGAGAAGAAGCGGCGCGAUGGCGGUGGGCGACCUGGCGUUCAAGGCGCUGACGGCUGGGCUGGGCGUCGCCACGCUCUACCUCGCCGCCACCUUCUCCGUCAACGUCUACCGCGGCCUCUCGUGGCACUCCGAGCAGUCCAAGCUAGAAAAGGCGAAAACCGAAGAUUGAAAAAGACCAGCAAGCAGUUUUAGAGAGCAGAUGAAAGGCGGGCAUUUUUGUUGAUGUCUUAUCUUUCGUGUCAAUUGUGUUUUUGCUUGUCCCGUAGACCUUUCAGGAUAUCUGGAGUGUAUCUUCAAGUAUGUGAUAUAUAUAUAUACGAUUCAAGAACCUGUCUGGGAUGAUUAUUCAUCUUUCGGGACACGUCCUGUUUGGAUCAUUAUAUAACAACAUCGCAAAUGUCUUGUGUAUGUAA